AACAACACCCCAACCCCAGCCCCAAUGUGUUUCAAACCUCAACCUGCAGCGGAAGGGGGAAGUGAAACCUGGCUGGGGGUGGGGGCUCUGGGGCCCGCCGCCUGAGGAAGCACCCAGAGCAGCAGCACAGACGCACGGCCUGGAGUGGCCCAAGCCAGCCCGAUGGCGGAGGCUCCCAGCCCCCCCAGCUCCGAGGAGCAGGAAGAGCUGCUGGCAGACAAAGAUGCCGGGCUCACCACUCAGUGGAGCGUGGAAGAUGAGGAGGAGGCCGCCCGGGAGCGGCGCCGCCGGGAGAGGGACCGGCAGCUGCGGGACCAGGACGAGGACAGCGGCGGCCAGUGCCCCGAGCUGCCUGAGCGGGAGACCCUCCUCAGCUUGAAGCCCUCAGAGGCUCCUGAACUGGACGAGGAUGAGGGUUUCAGCGACUGGUCCCAGAAGCCAGAGCAGCGGCGACAGCACUGGGGGGCCGGGGAGACCUCCAGCUGCGGGGAGCCCCCAGGGGGCGAGAGUUCGGAGGGGCAGCAGGAGGAGGACAGGCCCCACCAGCACGCCCGUGGGAACCGGGAUGGUGAUGAGCAGAGCCCAGCCGGAGUCUGCCUGGAGGCGCUGCAUCUGAGCCCCAGCUCAGAGCCCCAGGGAGGGCCUGGGACAGAGGAGACAGAGCCCAAGAGCCCAGAGGGGACCAUCCGGGGCAGCCUGGGACCCACAGAAGCCGGGGAGGCCGCUGAGCAGCACCGGAAACGCGAGCAGCCCAGGACACCCAGCCCCCUGGUCUUGGAAGGCACCACUGAACCAGGCUCGCCUCCCCUGAGCCCCAGCACCAAACUCAUCGACAGAACCGAGUCUCUGAACCGCUCCAUCAAGAAGAGUAACAGUGUGAAGAAGUCCCAGCCAGCCCUGCCCAUCUCCAAGAUUGAUGAGCGGUUGGAGCAGUACACCCAGGCCAUUGAGUGGGCUCUUUCUCCUUUGCAGACUGCUGGCCGGACCUCCAAGCUAGUCCGCCAGCCCUCCAUUGAGCUGCCCAGCAUGGCCGUGGCAAGCACCAAGAGCCGGUGGGAGACAGGAGAGGUGCAGGCUCAGUCCACUGCCAAGGGCCCCUCCUGCAAGGAUAUUGUAGCUGGAGACAUGAGCAAGAAAAGCCUCUGGGAGCAGAAAGGAGGCUCCAAGACAUCAUCGACAAUUAAGAGUACCCCAUCUGGAAAGAGGUACAAGUUUGUGGCCACCGGACACGGGAAGUAUGAGAAGGUGCUCGUGGAUGAGAGCUAGGCACCCUAGCCGGCCCUUCCUGCUCACCUGAGAUGACAGGUGCCUCUGGCAGCAGCCUCCACGCUCAAGGGGGAGAGUCCAGCCUGACGCCCACCCUGGCCCUGCCAUGGAGCCGCUGCCAUGGCCUCUUGGCCUGCCCGCACCCCUCUCUCAUCCAGCGCAGUCCCACCUCUCCGUUCCUCCACCCCCUGACCUCUCUCCCCUCCCACUCUCUGACCCCCACUCUGCCUCUCAUGGCGGGGGCAGGAAAGGGACGAUCACUGGUGAUUGAUCCAAGGGGCCACCCCCGCAGAGGCCGAAGUUUCCCGAGGAAGGCCCAGGCUGGGCAGAGAGAGAGCACCUUCUGGGGAACCUCCAGGUCAAGAGACGGCGACUCCUGCAGCACGUUCUCAGGCCCUGCACCACCGCCCCCAACCCUGCUUGCAGCCUCCUCCUAGUGCAAUAAAGCUCCGCGUGUGUCCCAAACGCUCGCUCUGUGUUCACUAAUCGGGGAGCUGCAGGGAGCAGUGCCAGCCCAGUUGGAAAGUCCUCCCCACCCACCCUGGACAGUGGUAGCAUCCAGGCUUCUGGCCUCCAGAUUCAGACCCUCUGUCCUGUCCCAUGGCCUUCCGCAGUGUUAGACUCUGGGAUCAGAGGUAUGUGGUGACUUAAGUUGGGCUGCACAUGAUGGGUGAGGUCCAGUCCUCCUCUUCCAGAACACCUGUGAUGCUUCCCCUCUUGACUGACCUGAUUAAAAUUUAUGGCGCUUGAAA